AUGUUGAGCAUCCGAGGGCAUCGUGGCCUGUCACGCCUUGGAAAUCUUGGACCACUUACUAGUGAUGCAGUACUUGAAGCAGGGCUGCGGAGCACCAGUUGCCAGUCAGUGUUGUUGGAGGAUUGGGAUCGUUUAAAAAAUGACUAUAGAAGAAGAUUCUGCCGACCUUCCAGGGUACUUGACAUUAAUAAGAAGCAAGGACAGAAUAUAAUGGAUAUCCUACAAGACUGUUUUGAAGAAAAUAGCAUUGCUAAUGAUUUUAGCACACAUUGUACAAUAUCAGUGCUUCAAUCAACACCUCGGAUGGAAAAUAGUUGUAUUCUGUCACCAUCUACAAAGGGUCAAAAGUCAUCCGUAAAAUCAGUUUCAGUUUCUGCAAAUCACAAAGAAGCCUCCUUGCAUUUAAUUGAAGAACCCAGGAAUGCUGAUAAGAGAUCAGUUCAGACCCAUGAUUGUGAGAACAUUUUGGCAACUAAUGUUGAUUCUAAAAAUAAACGUGACUCAAGAAGAAUGUCAAGUAAAGACAGAAAAAAUCGUCAAGAUGAAAACAAAGAUUUAUUUGUUGUGUCACCACCUAUUUUUUUGGAUACAAAACCAUCUAUGUUAGAAAAUUCUCAUGUAACUACUGACCAGAAAAGAAAGGCCUACACAUUUGAAAAUUCAAUACAUACGUUGCCUUCAAGUACAAAGAUUUCUCUUAAGACCAAAAAGAGGUUAAACUUUGAAGAGAAAGAUGUUUUGAAGGAAAUAGAAUUGGAGAAUAUAGUAUCAGAAAGGCCACAAAUUUUUAAGGAAACAGAAUUGGAGAAUAUAGUAUCAAAAAGGCCACAAAAGAGGCCACUGUCAGGAACAUCUCAGAAAACAACUCAAGAUUCAGAAUAUGAAAUUCCGCCACAAACUAAAAAAAGUUUUUCAGCAUUGUUUUUAGAAACUGUUAAAAACGGUGAAUCCAGUCCUGUUGUUAAGCAUAUAGUGACUGAACCACCUCAUUCAUCUCCUGUAAAUGAUUUGAAGCUGUUAGAGGAUGAAUUUGUAAUUGAUGAAUCAGAUAAAAGUAUGGCCAGUCUUUCAUGGAUUACUAUACCAAGAAAGUCUGGGCCUCUGAAACAGUGCACUAUGUCCCGUCUGCUAAGAGCAAUACGACUAUUACUUCAAAAUCUGCAAAAUCUAAAAUGCCUCUCUGUAAAUAUGAGGAAAUCUUCUAGAAGCCAUAGGACCAUGAAAGAAAACCAGAAAAGCAAUUCUAAAGUCAAUAUAGUUGAAGAACAAGUUGAUGUUGAACAGCCUAAAGAUACAAAGACUAAAGAUAGGUCAAAUAUCACUCAAGACAAGUUACAAAGAAAUUCAGACGUACAUGGGGAAGAGUUUGAAGAGAUGAGAAGUGAUCAUAUUUCUCCAAAACAGCUGCAGCCUCUGUGGGUUUUCUGGCUUUCUUCUUUAGGAAGCAAAAAAAACAAGACCAGUGUUUCUUAUACAAAGAAUAAGAAAGAGAGAGUAUCCAAAAAUAAGAAUUUUUCUAAUAGUUCCAGUAAGAACAAAUUUGCAUCUGAAGAAGAAACUUCGACGAUCACACGAAGUCGAAGACUUUCCAUGCCUCCUUCUGAUUGGUGGGUGGUAAAAUCACAGCAAAGUACUGUUUCUGGCAAUCCUUCUCCAGUAGUAAUUGAAUUGCCUUUGUAUCACAACAGAAGAAAAAAAUCUGCUAAUAAAGUAAAUAACUCAUCCAAGCAUAUUCAAAAAAAGGCUGUUCCACUCAAACAACAGAAGAAAAACUCACAACGUAGUUCAAGAGCACAGAAAGUUUUAAAUGCUAACAAUUCCGGACAAAUUACUCAUCAUGAUACAAUUUCCACUUGUCACCAGAAGUCUUUGGAAAGCAAAGAAGAGCUGGCUGAGCAGAAGUUUAAUAAUUCUGGUCAUAGAGGAAAAGUAAGCUCAAAGGAUCAAGAUAGUAUUGCUACAAAAAAUGUUCAUCUAAAGUCUCAAACCAGUGGAUACACAUGCAUGACAUCAGCAGAAUCUAAGUCAGAUUCUGAAGAAUUUAUGACUCCAGUUUUUGAAAAAAGUGGACCUUCUAGGAACAGUAAAAUUUUAAGGUCUGCAAAGUAUAAUUACCUGCAUGUGGAUGAUAAUGAAGUUUUGGAAAAUUCUGAUGACUCAAAGGUAAAGAAAUUUGAAGACACUUCAGAAGGCAAAACACAUCAGAAAUUAAUAUUUCCCUCCAACAGUCCAAAUGUUCGCAGGACAAAGAGAAUACGAUUGAAACCUUUGGAAUACUGGCGAGGAGAGCGGGUAGAUUAUCAAGUAAGGCAAUCAGGAGGAUUUGUGAUCAGUGGAAUAUUAUCUCCAGAUAAAGCACCAUCCAAAAGGAAGGCAAAAGAAAACGUGGUAAAAGUCAACAAAAAAGAUAAUAGGAAAAGGAUCUGUCUUGAUAACGACGAAAGAAAGAAAAAUUUAAUUGAAAAUUUGAAGAUAGAGCUAGGAGAUCCUUUGCAGCCAACGAUGGUAAAAGACCCAGAAACUAGAGAGAUUAUCCUCUUAGAUCUUGUGAGGCCACGAGAUACCUAUCAAUUUUUAGUUGAGCAUGGUGAGUUGACAGUAUUUAAAACAUUGGAUACACCUUAUUUUUCUACUGGAAAGUUGGUAUUAGGACCACAUCAAGAAAAGGGAAAGCAACAUGUUGGCUCAGAUAUAUUGGUUUUUUAUGUUAAGUGUGGUGAUCUUUUAUGUACCUUACAUGAAACACCUUAUGUAAUGACAACUGGGGAUUCAUUUUAUGUUCCUUCAGGUAAUUAUUAUAACAUCAAAAAUCUUCUGAAUGAGGAAAGUGUUCUUCUUUUUACCCAAAUAAAAAGUUGAAGCAAAGUUCAGAAGCACAUAUGUAUGUCUGUGUGUAGAUAUGAUACAUUUGUGAGUAUCUGAUACAUAAGAACGCAACAUUUGUACAGUGGGAUAUUUUCCUUUGUAAUUAUUUUUGAAGUUCUAAAAUAAAACUUUUAUUUGCCUUUGUA